GCUGACAGUACUGCUGAUCUUGACCUCAGGCCUCGUCACUGAUCAAUCGACUUCACAAACAAGGAACGGAGUCCUGAUCAUGGACGGUGUCCACUCGACAUCCUCCGUAUUACCUGUCGAGACCCUUGAGCUCAUCUUCAAUUACCUGGAACGUCACGAACUCGUCCCAGUCCUUAACAGCAACUCCAUAUUCCAUAAUACUGCACUUCGUGCGGUCUAUCGUAACAUAUCAGAAACGUCGUCGGUCAAAGCUUUGAAACUUAUAAAGACCCUUGCUUCUAAUGCCACCUAUUCCCGACAUGUCCGUUCCAUCGAUCUCAACUUUGCCGACAACUUCAUCACCGCCAAUAUCCUCCGCCUCCUAAAUCGCGCGCUCCAGCAACUCAAAUCGCUCACAGCACUUACCCUCAACUUCUCCCAGACAGACAACACUGCUGAUGUUGCAUGGAUAUUCCAGGGGUGUUCCUUCUCGCUCACAACCUUCACCUCAUCCAUGCGGUGCGACCGCUCGCUGGCGAAAUUCCUGGCUAUGCAGCCGAAGAUAACGGAGCUUUGUCUGAGAGGGCUCAAUGAGGAGUAUGACUUUGCGCUGGAACCUAAGGCGCUCCCUAAGCUGGGACAGUUUAGGACCGUUACGGCUUACCCCAGCAUUAUCGGAGAGGUCUUGAGAGGUAGACCUGUGGAGAGCGUUUCCAUGUCACUUUACCGCAGGGACGUCUGUGCAUCCCUCGACACGUUGUUACUAUCAGCUACAGCGAUAAAGAGGCUCACUGUUCUGAUCUUGGAAAGCGACCCUCCUGUCGCACUCCUUCCUCUCAUCGCAGCCCGGCUACCUCAUCUUGAGGCUUUCCAUCUCGUGGUUCUCACGCCUCACUCCACCCAUGAAAUUCUACUCGAGAUCGGCUCGAGUCUCACGCAGUUCAAGGCCCUGAGAUACAUCACGUUCAUGGCGCCAGGUAUACCUUCUUCCUUCAACGAUGAAAAGAUCAUCGCGGAAGCAUGGAGCAAAGCGUGCCCAACCCUACAGACCAUCAUCCUUCCUAAAGGACUGGUGUGGUUCCAGAGGGACGAGAAUUGGGCAUGCCUGAAGGAUAACGAGGAUUAAGGCUUCCUAAACUUCACAGAACGAAUAAACCAUCACAGUCUCGCAUUAGUUGGGUGCCGGUAUCGGAAUUACUCGAAGGGUAAAGAAGUGCUCGUCGGGAUUGUUCGUGGAAGGAGAGUGCCCACUUGGGAAUAAUCGGAGAGCCCACUAGUGCGGAUCAUCUACCACGAGACCCAUGAUUGUUUGUUGGCAACGAUUCUCUUAAGUUGCGACGUUCAGAGGUUAAGCAGGAAGCUCUUUUUUUUAGAUAUCCCAAUGGCGAAUGUACCGACAGAAGUGCAAUUUUGGAGACAGCUCUCCUGCAAAUACUGUACAGGCU